AUGGAUGAUCCUGUCCCAGAGGGUGAGUAUCAGGCAGCACGAGAAGAAGGACGUGGUGCUGCCAGAGGACGUGGUGCUGCUAGAGCACCUGGUGGUAGAGGAUACCACCUAGUAGAUGAGGCCACUUCCAUUCCAGAGGUCAUUCCCCCUUCUAGUUCAUCCACAAUCGUUCCAGGCCAGUGGCAACUCAGCUGGACAGUCACAUAUGUUUACGCAGGCGUGCCUACUUGCAAAGAUAUCUGGUAUCUCGUCCAUGAGACUACUAUAUAUUCUGCACCAGGCCCAUCUCAGGAGCCUAUUCAGGCACCCUUCGAUACACAGCAAGAUAAUCCAGUUUUUCCUCUUUCAAAAAUCUAUCAGUUUAUAUAUCGAAGAAAUUUCAAGAAGAUUCUGAACUUACCAAAUUCUCAAACUAGAAACAUCGUCUUCAGUUGCCCAUCGGGAUAUACCAAAAUUAUGUGUGACAUGAUCUUGCAAUCCCUAGCCAGGAAGAGAUGGCGCCUAGCCUUUCACAUUUUCUAUACUGUCAGGGCAUUGCUAUUUACAGCCAGGACGGUUGUGGCUGAAAACAAGAGUGAGCUCUUGAGCAACUUUUCGCGCUCUCAAUCUUAUACAGCAGUUGAUAUCGAACCAGAAUGUUUUUCAAGCAUCAGCAAGCCAAUUUUAGCAAAACUUGUUCGAUUGAGAGACGCUGAACAGCUUGGAAAGCUUGAUGGGGUGGAAGGAUUGUUGUCUGUCCUGAAAGCUGAUGCUGAGAAGGGUAUCCUAGGUGACGUUGCUUCCCGGCGCAAACAUUUUGGGACCAACACAUACAAGAAGCCACAAAUAAAUCCUUCGCAAAUCUCGUUGAAGAACCUCAAAGAUCCCAACAUGAUCAUUGUACUACUAUAUGCUGUUAUAUCCCUUGGUUUUGGCAUCAAAAAGCAUGGGCUGAAAGGAUGUUUAGAUGGGAGCAUCAUAUUAGUUGCUGUGUUUCUUGCCAUCAGUCUCUCUGCUUGUUGUUGUUGGUGGCAUAAACAGCAAAUUUAUGAACUUUGCAGGCCUAUUGAAAGUGUCCUCAUUCCUGUGAUUAGGAACGGGAAAGAUAUGCGUAUUUUAUUAUCUGAAGUAGUUGUUGGAGAUGUCAUUCGCUUGAAAGCUGGAGAUCAAGUCCCUGCUGAUGGGAUAUACAUAGAUCAGCAAUCCCUGCAAAUUGAUGAAUCAACCAUAACAAGGAAAAAUGACAUUGUGGAAGUUAACAAUAGCUGCAACCUGUUCUUGCUAUGUGGUAGCAAAGUCUUGAGGGGUAACGGUCGGAUGCUUGUCACAGCAGUCGGCAUGAAUACAGCAUUGGCAGGAAUCAUAAGUCCAACUUGCUUCAAUCAUGAUCAUAAAUCACUUUUACAGAAGAAACUGCACAAACUGACCUCGCACAUAGCAAAGGUCGGUCUGGCAGCCAGUUCCCUGGUUCUCUUGGUGCUGCUGGUCCGUUAUUUCACAGGAAAUAUGCGAAACAAUGGCAGAAAGUUCUUCGUUGGAGGUAAGACAAGUAUACAAGAUGUAUGGAAAGACCUUAUUGGUAUUCUAGCAACUCCAGUUGCACUUGCAUCAGCGGCCAUUCCUGAAGGUUUAACGCUAGCUUGUGCACUAGCGAUAGCUUACUCAACCAAGAAGAUGGUCGCUGAUCAGGCAGUUGUCAGAAGUCUCUCAGCUUGUGAAGCAAUUGCGUCCGCAACAGUGAUUUGUACAAGCAAGGAAGGCAUACUGACUGAAAACUCUCUGCAGGUCACCCAAUUUUGGCUAGAUGAAGAGUAUAUUGGAAGAGAUAGUUUCUCCUCAUUUGCACCAGAAAUUCUUCAUCUGCUUCAUGAGGGAAUGGCUCUGAACACUACCAAGAUCCCACCAGGAUCUUCAUUUGAACACAUUGAGGAUCUAGUUCAAAAUGCAAUUUUGGCCUGGGGAAUCAAAAGCAUGAAGAUGGAUGUAGAACAACUGAAAAAAAGCUGUACAAUUGUCCACGCGGAAAGCUUCAACUCAGAAUACCAGGGGCGUAUUUUGAUUAGGAGGAAUGCUGACAGCAGAGUGCAUAUGCACUACAAAGGAACUCCAGAGGCAAUACUGGACAUGUGUUCACGUUAUUACAAGAAGACCGGGGAUAUCAAAGAUAUAAAUGAUGAUGCUAGAGCAGCUUUGCAGCGAACAAUUAAAAAGAUGGAAAUGGAUGGUUUGCACUGCGUUGGUUUUGCAUAUAGAAGUGUGACAGCAGAACAUCAGAUUGAUCACGAAGGGCAUUUCCAUCCCAACCUCAAAGAAGAUGAUUCAAUUUUAUUAGCAUUUAUAGGCCUGAAAGCUCCAUGUAGAAAACAAGCAAGGAAAGCUGUGAUGGACUGCCAAGAUGCUGGGGUAACCAUCAAAAUCUUUACAAAGGAUGAUAUCCGCACAGCUCGUGCAUCAGCUAUUGAUUGUGGUAUAAUUGAUCCUAAUCAUGAAAUUUCCACUGGAGAAGUCAUAGAAGGAACAAAAUUCCAAGAAUAUGCUGAAGAUGAAAGAUUGGAGAGAGUUGAAAACAUUCGUGUGAUCACAAGAGCCUCAACAUUGGACAAGCUUCUGAUGGUACGAUGCUUGCAAAAGAAAGGUCACGUUGUUGCAGUUACUGGAGACAGAGAGGGUGAUGCCGAAGCUCUUAGAGAAGCCAAUGUGGGGCUUUCACUGGGUAAUCAAGUAACUGUCACAGCAAGGGACAACUCGGAUAUUCUCAUCAUGGAUGACAACUUUGCUUCCAUAGCUAGAGUUCUAAAUUGGGGAAGGACCACAUACAACAAUGUUCAGAUAUUCACCCAAUACCAACUAACAGCAACUAUUGCUUCUUUGGUGAUAGACUUUGUGACAGCAAUUUCAGCUAGCGAGCCCCAGAACAUCAACAUUGUCACAGUAAUUUCAGCAGGCAAUGUUCCCUAUGCAACACUUCAGGUUCUUUGGGUAAAGCUGAUCGUGGGCACGUUAGCAGCUCUUGCUCUCACUAUAGACAGGCCUGGAACAAAGCUCAUGCAGCAGCCACCAACUAACCAAAAUGAGCCAUUUAUAACCAAUACUAUGUGGAAGAAUAUAGUGGGCCAAGCUCUGUACCUGAUCUCAGUGUUGCUGACCAUCCAAUACCAAUUAAGUGACAAGGAAAAGGACACCAUGAUCUUCAACAUCUUUGUGCUUUGCCAACUAUUCAACAUAUUCAACCUGAGAAAGUAUGAAGGGAAUCUCCUCAGUGAGCUAAGAACAAAAAGCUUAUUUUGGGUGAUAGUGGGAAUGAUAGUCAUUAUUCAAGUUGCAAUGGUAGAAAUGUUUGAGAAGUUUGCAUCUACAGAGAAGUUGAAUUGGGAGCAGUGGAAAACGUGUAUUGGGAUAGCUGCUCUAUCAUGGCCAGAAGGUGAGACUGAUACAAUGCAGUUAGUUUCUUUACAAGAUCAGUACACUCCAGUUAGUUUCUUUACAAGAUUAGUACACACUCUAUGGCAAUUGGUGAAGAUCAUAAGAAAUCUACACAAUGUUAAAGGAAAUCUCGAUAACAACUUGAAUUCUGUGCCACAAAAUAUUCAGUUAAGAAAGUGA